UGCAGACUAUUAAACUAUGUAAAGUUACAAAAACACUGCGAAGCUGACGCAUAAAAGCGAAACAACCUUCUUCCAUAUACCAGUUGAAGAACUUCCAAUCAAUCGAAGAACCAAACAAAAUGAGCAAAGACGAUGGUGAAAGCAGCGCAGAUAUCAACAUAACUGUGAAGUUCAGCGGAAGAUCCAUACCAAUUUCCAUACCUAAAGAUUCAACCAUCAAACAACUCAAAUCCCAUCUCCAGCCUCUCACCAAUGUUCUUCCUCGCGGCCAAAAGCUUAUUUUCAAAGGGAAGCUUUUGGUGGAUGCAAUGACGUUGAAGGAAUCAGAGGUCAUGAAUGGAGCCAAGCUCAUGCUUAUGGCUUCCCAGGGUUUACACCAAGGGGGUGGUCCUAUUCUAAAAGAAGCUCAAACUCGGCCUAUUUCAAGGGGGAAAGAAACUGAGUAUAAAAGACAUGAUGCGAGGACUGAAAUUGUCAUGGAAAAAGACCGGUUGCAACGAUGGAAAACUACCGGAGUUAUUGCAUUAGCAGACUGUAAUUUGAAGGCCAUACCCAAUGAAGUAUGGGAUUGCGGAUCUUCUGCAAGAGUCCUAGAUGUCAAUAACAACAGCAUCCAAGAUGUACCAAACAAAAUCAGCUGUUUGAAUUCCAUUCAGAAACUGUUUCUCGAUGGUAAUGGCAUUUCGGAUGAAGCCAUUCAAUGGGAAGGAUUGGCAUCUUUGAAGUAUCUAACAGUUCUAUCCUUCACUCGGAACCAGUUGAUGAAUUUACCUUCUGCACUUGGUUCUCUGACUUCUCUAAGGCAACUCCAUGUCGCCAACAAUAAGUUGACUAACCUUCCAAAUGAAAUAGGCAUGCUAACUCGGCUUGAAGUUUUGAAGGCCAAUAAUAAUAGGAUAACCACUGUUCCGGCAUGCAUUGGAGAAUGUAGUUCUCUUAUUGAGGUCGAUCUUUCAGCGAAUCUUCUGUCAGAGCUUCCGGAUACAUUGGGCAAUUUGCACAAUUUAAAGACAUUGCAUCUCAGUAAUAAUGGCCUACAGUCCCUGCCUUGUACAUUAUUCAAGCACUGUCUGCAGCUCGCAACAUUGGAUCUCCACAACACAGAAAUCACAAUGGAUGUGCUACGCCAGUUUGAAGGGUGGGAAGAAUUUGAUGAACGCCGGCGCUCAAAGCAUCAGAAGCAGCUGGAUUUUAGAGUUGUUAGCUCUGCUCAAUUCGAUGAAGGCGCUGAUAAAAACUAAUUCCUUCUCUUACAUCACUUUGUAGUUUGCUGCAGUAAACAAGAAAAGAAAAAUUUGCAGACAUUGAUUCCGUUUACGCUUUAAAAGGUUCAAAACCUUAGUUUCGUUUUUGAAAACAGUGCUAUGUUGGAGUUCAUACCAAAUUAGGUUCGGCUUGAAUGGAUUUGGACAGUGCUGUUUAUCAUCAAACUGGAUUGAAUUUGUAAUUUUAUUUCUUUAUUAAAAUGGGUUGGAUUGAA